UCCCACUUCUGAUUCUUGGAGAUUCACCUAUGGCUUCUCCCACGAGCACCUUCUUCUCCUUCUUCUUCUUCGCCGUGUUCUUAUUCUCUCCUUCUUUAUCAGAUGAUAAUAAGGUAUCUUUGGAACUCUACUACGAGAGCUUGUGCCCUUACAGCGCCAAUUUCAUCGUUAACUACCUCCCUCGGAUCUUCCAAGACGAUGAACUUGCCUCCAUCGUUGACCUAAAGCUCGUUCCUUGGGGUAAUGCCAAACUCAGGGCUAACGGUACCUUUACAUGCCAGCAUGGAAAAUACGAGUGCUUGCUCAACACCGUGGAAGCGUGUGCCAUUGAUGCCUGGCCUCAGUUGAGCAAGCAUUUUCCUUACAUCUAUUGUGUUGAGGAUCUAGUUUACCAAGGUGAGUACAGGGAGUGGAAAUCUUGUUUUGAGAAGCUUCAUCUGGAUUCAAAACCUAUUGAUCAGUGUUAUCAUGGUGAUCGUGGGAAAGAGCUUGAGCUACAGUAUGCAGCUGAAACCAAUAAGCUGCAGCCACCUCAUGAGUAUGUCCCAUGGGUAGUUGUGGAUGGCGAACCACUCUAUGAGGACUAUGAAAACUUCCUAAGCUAUAUAUGCAAAGCUUAUAAAGGCAAGAAUGCACCCGGAACCUGCACACAAGCAUAUCUUAACACAAUUCGAAAGGUUCCAACAUUAGCAUAUAUGUAAUUUAUAUGUGACAAUGAAUAAAUGUAUCAUAUAUGUAAUGUAAUAAUAUCGAAAGUGGUUUGUUCAUGUACUCAUGUAACUUCUCAGCAAAACAAUGCCGCAAAAGUAGCUAUUCCCAUCUGAAA